CUUCCGCAGGGUCAUAUGACUUAGUGGCAUUAAGUCGCCUGGGAGAAGUGAAGUGUUCGCCGCUUGUUUUUGUCGUCAGGUCGGGUGUUUUAUUUUUUAUUUAACCUUAAGAAUGGCAACGUUAGUCGCGAAUCGUCCGGUGGACCUGAACGGGCCGGAAGCUGCAGCCAGACAGCACGCACAAGCCGUGACAAGAAACUACAUCUCACAGCCCCGGCUGACUUACUCCACUGUCUCGGGUGUUAACGGGCCUCUGGUCAUCUUGGACAACGUCAAAUUUCCUCGCUAUGCCGAGAUCGUCCACCUCACCCUGCCUGAUGGCACAAAGCGGAGCGGGCAGGUGCUGGAAGUUAGUGGCAGCAAAGCUGUCGUUCAGGUGUUCGAGGGGACCUCAGGCAUCGAUGCGAAGAAGACAGCAUGCGAGUUCACGGGUGACAUCCUACGCACGCCUGUGUCUGAGGACAUGCUGGGACGUGUGUUCAACGGCUCAGGGAAACCCAUCGACCGUGGCCCAAUCGUUCUGGCUGAGGACUACCUCGACAUCAUGGGCCAACCCAUCAACCCUCAGUGCCGUAUCUAUCCAGAAGAGAUGAUCCAGACGGGCAUCUCUGCCAUCGAUGGCAUGAACAGCAUUGCCAGAGGACAGAAGAUCCCCAUCUUUUCUGCUGCUGGUCUUCCACAUAAUGAGAUCGCCGCACAGAUCUGUCGCCAGGCUGGGUUGGUGCAGAAAUCGAAGGACGUCAUGGAUUACAGCUCAGAAAACUUCGCCAUCGUCUUUGCUGCUAUGGGGGUUAACAUGGAAACUGCGCGUUUCUUUAAGUCUGAUUUUGAAGAGAACGGAUCCAUGGACAACGUCUGCUUGUUCCUGAAUCUGGCCAACGACCCAACGAUUGAACGCAUCAUCACCCCGCGACUGGCUCUGACCUCAGCCGAGUAUCUGGCCUAUCAGUGUGAGAAGCAUGUGCUGGUCAUCCUGACGGACAUGAGCUCCUACGCCGAGGCUCUGAGAGAGGUGUCGGCUGCUCGUGAGGAGGUGCCUGGCCGGCGUGGUUUCCCUGGUUACAUGUACACCGAUCUGGCAACGAUUUACGAGCGAGCUGGCAGAGUGGAAGGCAGAAAUGGAUCAAUCACACAGAUCCCCAUCCUCACCAUGCCUAAUGACGAUAUCACUCAUCCAAUUCCUGAUCUGACCGGGUACAUCACAGAGGGUCAGGUCUAUGUGGACCGGCAGCUGCACAACAGACAGGUGUAUCCUCCAAUCAACGUCCUGCCAUCCUUGUCACGUCUGAUGAAGUCUGCCAUCGGGGAGGGCAUGACUCGCAAAGACCACUCUGACGUCUCUAACCAACUGUAUGCAUGCUAUGCUAUAGGUAAGGACGUGCAGGCGAUGAAGGCCGUGGUAGGAGAAGAAGCUCUGACUUCUGAUGAUCUGCUGUAUUUGGAGUUUUUGCAGAAAUUCGAGAAGAACUUUAUCGCUCAAGGCCCUUAUGACAACCGCACAGUGUUUGAGACUCUGGAUAUUGGCUGGCAGCUGCUGCGUAUUUUCCCCAAAGAAAUGCUGAAGCGAAUCCCACAGAGCACACUGGCAGAGUUUUACCCGAGAGAGUCCACGGCACGCCACGGCACCUCCUAACCCCGAAGGACAAAAGUCAUGUGACCUUUUUACCUCCAGCAUCUGUGUGUACUUCCACCCUGAGUUCAGAGUACAGUAAUGCUUUAAACAGGCCCUUUGUGUAAAGUGUUACUCGAUUCUCUCAGCUCAGUGCUGUUUGUGGGUCUGAGUGUGGUUUUGUGUGUAACUGAUUAGUCUACUGUAGUACAUGUUUGUGUUUCUCUAAGAUGUUCUAAGAGCCUCUGUAAAUCAGGUAAUAUAAAUGCUGGACUUUGAUUUCAUUCCAUGUGGAUUUUUUUUGUUUGUUUCUUUUGUUUUUUCCCCCUAAAACCUGAAGAAAAUCUCCCAAGCUGAAAGGGUGCAACAGUGUGUUCAGUGACUGCUUUACACUGACGUGUUUGAUGUCAUAUCUUUUAAAAAUGUGUGUUUAUUAACAUUCAUGGAUUCAAUCCAUAUUUGCCAGUACAGCAAUAGAAAUGCAGCUGAGACAAUCUGAGAAGCAAGCUGCGUUUAUUUAUUUCAUCUCCAGACACACUAAUGCAACAUACAGCGUUAGUUCUAAAGCAGUGCAAUAUGAUGUGUUUGCGGUUGAUCUUGAUUAUUGAGUCUUAAAGACACUGCUUCUCGGUUGUGGUUCCUUUACUGAAUGCAUCCUGCGGGAUUUUUUUCUCCCCCUGUUUUGGACAAACGUGUCUCAUGCAUGUCUCAUGAAAUCAGUCAAAUUUGUAAAAAUGUCUGAGAACCACCCUGGACUCCAAGAGUACAGUCUUACAGAUUAUUCCUUCCCUUCCCUUUCAACUCUGAACUCAUUUUUUGGUUUGCUAGCUGCUCGCAAAUCAUAUUUACAUUUUGCUUUUCGUAUUAUGUGCUGCGUGCAGUUUACAAAUCAUAUGAACAUUCCCAUUGUGUGUAAUUAUGUAAUGCUCAGAUUUCAGUUCGCAGUUGUUCUACUUCUGUGUUAAUUAAAAAUAAAUUAAAUUAUCUUAUUCUCCUGA